ACGUGCCGCAAACAACGGCAAUGGCUUCUCCCAUUGAUGAUGCUCUGAAAGAUAGUGUUGAGUUAUCGUGUCGUGAUAAUGAAAGUAGGCAAUGCCGAUGAGCAACGAAUGCCUGUCCAAGAUGCCCCCACUAUUGGCAAAAGCCUUCGUAUAGGUUAUAAAGGACUGCGGUGGGUACUAUCCCACUGCACUCUCUCAGUGAAACUCUCAGAGGACCGUAUACCUCACCGUCGAACCCUUCACAAAACGGAGACACCAUGAGGAUUUUUCUAUUGGUUCUCGCAGCAUGUCUGCUAGCUUUGUCGGAAUCCGCUCGACCUGCUAUACGACCACGAGUAAGAGAACCUCAGGUUUAUUACGAAGAUGACAAUCAGGCGGCCGAAGACGAUUUCGAGUCGGUUUAUCAGCCUAGAACGCGUGCCUUGCCAUCGGCACGCUCUAAGGAGGCUUUACAACCAUCAAAAGCGCCACCCGUACAAACCAUUCGUAAUUACAACAAGGUCAAUGACGACGGAUCGUUCACGUUCGGUUAUGAGGCAGCCGAUGGUUCGUUCAAGGAAGAAACCAGAGGAACGGAUUGCGUUGUAAGAGGAAAGUACGGUUACAUAGAUCCCGAUGGUAACAAAAGAGAGUUCACAUAUGUAUCCGGUAAUCCUUGCGACCCUAAUGCACCGAAGGAAGAAGAGGAGGAUCUUCCGGAAAAACAGGAAGACGAUGAUCUUUCUGGACCAGCAAAUUAUCCAUCCGUUAGACCUGUCCCGAUCAGACCGAUCAGGCCAACUUAUCAGCCAACCACCGCACGUACCCCAACGGCCAUAUUUCAAACACAAUAUCAACUUGACGACGAAGCUAGCCAGGAAUUAGAGGAGGAAGUUCAAAAACCUGUACAACUUCGGCCUACAGCUUUUAGAAAGCCUCAACAGUCUUACGUUCAAGUUUCACCGUCUACUGCUCUUUACGAUUCAACACCAACCACUAGUCCCUCGCAGCUCUAUAGACUAGCAUCAACCUCUAAUGUUCAAUAUCAAACGACAGCCGUUCCUUCGGAAAGACCUCCGUCUACGAUAUCUCCGUUAGCUUAUCAAUCACUCGAGACUAGCACUCGCAAGGCAGUGACUCGUCAUCAAGUCCGUCCUCAAUCGGUCGCCAUUACACCCAGGCCCCAUAUUGCACAAGUCGCCGCACAAUAUGUCUCCCCGAGUAGCACAGAAAGAUCUAUACCGUACAGCGCACAAUCACGGCCCACCCCGAGCACCUCUACUCAUCUUCGCACCAGCGUCAGCCCCUCGAGCUCAGCCCAUCUCAAUUUUGCCGCGGAGUUAGAGCGUUACGUUAACACGGUCGGUGUUCCCUCAAAGUCUACCCAACAAGCCGCACUUUCACCCUCGAGAACGAAGCUAGGUCAGACCACGGUCACUACAGUCCCCGCGGAGCCCAUCUAUCAGUCGGAACUGAUUUACGAUCCCGCAACUGGUCAGUACAAUGCCCAACUUUAUCAAACCUUACCCCAAACCGUUGGCGACUUUAGCUUAAGUCACAAACUCCAACCAUUCGUAGCCCAGCCCCAGUCCCUACUUGGUCUCCAGCAACUACAACAGAUUCAGCAACAUCAGCAACAACCUCAACGUCAGUCCGCUGUUUACAAGCAACACGUAACGCAACCCGUCCAAUCGGCUUCGAUCUCGGCUGUGUCCGUUGCCCAACCCCAGGAACUUCUCUACAGGAAACAACAGACCCAGUUGCUCAUGCAGUCCCAGAAUCUUUAUGCCCAGCAGCAACAACGUCGUCAGCAACAACAACAGCCACAACAACAACAACCUCACAAACUUCAAUUGCUCGAAUCUCAGAGAGACCCACAGGCCUUUUAUUAUGUCGCACCAUUGAGAUCGUCCGGUGCAGCGGCUGGUGCGGCGGCUGGUACGCCUCUUACCGCGAGUCAAAUCGAUCAGUAUCUUCGUUCCAGUUCAGCUAACAACUAUUGAUCGGUACGAGAUAGCCACGGAGCGUUUCGUUUUUAUAUAUAUAUAUAUAUAUAUAUAUAUAUAUAUAUAUAUACGCGAAUUUAUCUUCAGGGUCCUCGAGAAUUGCAUCAAACGCACCGUCUUUAAAAUCUUGCUUGCGAAUCUUCUAGAAAGUUGUUCGUUUCGCUACACGCUUGUCAGAUCGAUGUACAGGGAGACGGCUAUACGCGAUUAAUAUAUACAUAAAUAUAUAUAUAUAUAUAUAUAUAUAUAUAUAU